AAAUUUUUAAAUAAGUGCCUAGUGUUUUGGAACCAUUUAUUAAAAUUCGUUGUUUCGCAUUUACCGAAAAGUGUUAAUUCAUUAAAUAUGCAGUGAAUACCUUUAAGUGCAAUAAAAAUGCCUUUUACAACGGCAUCCCAGUGGGCGGUGUAAAAUUUCAGCAAAAGUUGUUAAAAGCCCCAAUUUUACCCGAUUUUACGGCCGGAAAUAUCCAAAAUUACCAUUUAUUCGCAAAGAACUGUUCUUUUUAAACGUUUUCGAAGUACAAUUGUCACACCCUUGACAUUUCGUUAAUACGUACUACUUCAAAAUAUCAAUAUCAACAUUCUUAUUGCUCAAAUUCACUAGAUAAGUUCUUCGAUUAUCGACCUGACAAUUACAACAAGAACGCUUAAUUUGCAUCGUUUCUUGGAGAAGUUAACUCCUAGUUAACAGAAAAUUAACAGCUUUAAUUAUUGAUUGUUGAGUGUGUUGUAUGCUAGCAAAAUCUGCUGAUCAAUUUGUUGAUUUAAUGUAAAUGAACGUUGAAAAAUUAAUACAAACGCUAUUAGCCACGCGAUCAAUUACCAUUUACUGUUCUAAAAGAACUUGUAAUAUCUGCAUUUACUUAAUAAUAUUCCUUCUCCAGUUUUUCAACUAUGUUACAUUGGAACUUACUCAAAUAUGCAAGAAUCAGUUGUACGACUUUGAAAUUCCGAAUACAAACAACCUUAAUAAUGUAGCAGGAAAUAGCAGUGCCAUAUAUGAAGCCUAUUACAAUGUGGUCGAUCCGAAGGGGUACGGAUCAGUCGGAGGCAUGGAAGCCGCCAGAUUUCUCAAGAAGUCCGGAUUGAGCGAUGUCAUCCUGUCCAAAAUUUGGGAUCUGUCCGAUCCGGGCGGAAGGGGUUGCCUGGACAAAACCGGCAUGUUCAUCGCUUUGAAGUUAGUCGCCCUGGUACAAAACGGUAAAGACUUGACUAUCUCCAAUGUUAAUUUGGAUGUGCCCCCUCCAAAAAUGGGCGAUGUACCUUUACCCAAGCCAUCGAAACCUCCACCUCCGAGAGGUACUCUGAUUACUUCGCUUCCUCCUUCGGCUGUGGAUUGGACAAUUAAACCAUCCGAAAAGGAUAAAUACGAUAAAUUAUUCGAUUCCCUCACACCCACUAACGGAUUAAUACCUGGAAAUAAGGUAAAAAAUGUUCUUAUGGACUCCAAACUGCCGUUAGACACGCUGGGUAAAAUUUGGGAUCUAGCCGAUCAGGACAAAGACGGCGCUUUAAACAGACACGAAUUCAUAAUCGCCAUGCAUUUAGUUUAUAGAGCCCUCGAAAACCACGCUAUACCUAACGUAUUGCCGCCGGAGCUCAUCGAACAAGCCGCGCCGAAAACCUCCACGUUGAUUAGAAACAAAGACGGCUUCAAGCCGGAGCUUCCGCCUUCCAUAGCGCCGCCGUCGGUGUCGCCCAUCCCGCCCAAGCCGAUGCCGCCGGCGGUGGCGGUGGCGGCGCCGCCCGCCCAGCCGAUGCUCUUUUGGGUGGUGUCGAACGAUGAGAAGGAGAAAUCGGACGCGCUGUUCGUCAAAAGCGACGCCGAUAAGGACGGGUUCGUGUCCGGUCCCGAAAUCAAGGAUAUAUUCCUGCAAUCGGGAGUGCCGCAGGCGGUGCUGGCGCACAUUUGGGCUCUUUGUGAUACUAAGCAGGUGGGGAAAUUGAACGACGAACAGUUCGCUUUGGCCAUGUGGCUGGUCGCGAGGUGCUUGAAAGGCAUAGAGCCUCCGGUGUCUCUCACGCCCGAAAUGAUACCUCCCAGUUUUCGUAAUACUAAACCAAUAGAUGGCCUUGUGGAGAACAAUAAUACUAGAUACUCGAAUCCCGAACUAGAUAUGAUUACCAAUAACAUAGAAGAAUUAGCUAAGGAGAAAUUAGCUUUAGAAACCGACAUAGCACAAAAAGAGGCUGAUCUUAAGAUUAAAAGCGGUGAGAUCAAGAAUCUCCAAAGCGAAUUGAACACUCUAGCGGCCACUUUGAAGCAAUUGGAGAACCAGAAGGGCGAGGCGCAGAAGAGGCUGAGCGAUCUCAAGGCGCAGAAAACUCAGGUGGACGGGGAAAUUGAAAGCAUUAAUAAGACAUUAGAAGAACAAAUAGAGAAGGUGGAUAAAUUGAGAGUUCAAGCGGCAGAACAAGCGGAGAUGGUGAAAACUCAGGAAACCGAAUUGAACAGUAAAAAGCAACAACUGGAAGGCCUCCGGAUGGAAGAAGAGCGGCUGGAAAAGCAAAAAAUGGAGAACAUUAAUAAAUUGGAAAGCCUUUCGGUUAAUUUGCAAGAUACACAGCUGAAUAUCAGCCAGGCGAAAGCUUUGAUAACGCAACUGCAGGAGCAAACGAGACAGAUGAACGAUGCCAUCAAAGCGUGCGAUUCGACAAUCGAAUCCGGCGAUGUGAAUCAAAUAACGGACAAUAUUUUGCGAAUUAAGCCGGAGUUUAGAGAAGGGGAAUACAAUAAAAUAUUAAACGAAGACUCUAAGACGCAGAACGGAUUCGGCAAGGAUCCGUUCAACAACCAAAACGGUCACGGAAGUUCUGGAUUCGAAGAUGAUCCGUUCAAAAACGAUCCAUUUAAGAGUAACGAUGCCUUUUCUAACGAAGAUUUCAAACCCGCCUUUCCCAAUAACAACGGUUUCAACUCAGAUCCAUUCGGCGGUUCGUUUACCUCAAAUACCUCGCAAAGCGAUCCGUUUAAUGCAUUCGAUAACGCCCAAAACAAACCGGCUGCAACAGAACCCGAAAAGGACCCGUUCGGCUGCGAUCCCUUCGCCAUUCUGCACGCCCCGACGAGGGACGGUUCGGCGCCGCCGCGACCGACCAGCCCCAGUCCGGCCCUGCCGCCGAAGAAGAGCAAGAACCCGCCGCCCCGGCCCGCCCCGCCUCGUCCCCAGCCGCCGACAUUCAGGAAAACUUCGCAACCGUCGGACGCGUUCGGCAGCGAUCCGUUCGGGGGCGGCGGCGGCGGUUUCGCCGAUUUUUCGGACUUCGAUGCAAAGUGCCUACACCGAAGUAUCCUGUUAAAUUAUACCAAGUUACCUUUUCCUUUACUGAACGAUCCAUUUUUUACCCAAUUAAUUUUCGCCUAUCCCAAUAGUUGCACGUUCACUGAUAAGCCGACCGCUAAGGUCCAACCGCAGUCUUCUAGCGCUCUCGAAUUUACCGACGACCCGUUUCGUAACUAUCGAUACGAAGAUCCGUUUAACAUUACGUUCGACGAUGAGCCGGCUCCCGCCAGUAGAACGGAUAAGGAUAAGGAUAAGGAGAAAUUCGAUCCGUUCGGGCUGGACGGCAGGCAAUCGGCGCCGUUGCCCGCCAACGAUCCGUUCGUGAGCAGCGACGGCAGGGCGUCGGCGCCGAUAACGAAGAUCAGCGAGGACCAGCAGCUGGAAUGGGCCGCCAUGGAGAGCCUGAAAAUGGAGCAGGACAGAUUGAAGAGGCAACUCCAGGAGCAGGCUGAUCUCGAACUAGCUAUAAGUUUAAGCAAAGCUGAGAGCAAACAGGUUUAGCUUUUCGACCUCGUCAAUAAUAUUGUUAUCAAUCACACAAAACAAGAGCUUGACUUAGAUGUUGUUUGUUUCGUUGGGAUGUGCUUGGCGCUGCAUUGGAAUUGAAUUAAAUGUUAUCGAUGCGAUCUAUAAGAGUUAAGAUUUAAAUGCGAAAUUGAAGUCGCGGUUCUGAUAUUUUUAAAUGCGUACUCGUUACUUUGUUUUUAUAGGGAACUGUAGGAGAUAUUAUUUUUAUUUUUAUAUGAUGUUGAAUAACGAAUGGAAGUUUACAAAUUACAGAACUUUACAGACAAUAGUCGGUGACUUAUUUAUUUCGUGUAGGCGAAUUUACAUUAUUCUAACAAUAAGUAGAGUAAGUUGGUGUAGACGAAGGAACCCUUAAUCUAUCUACCAAUGAGUAUUAAUUUUUAUAAGAAAAAUAUGUUAAUAAAAAAGAACUAAAGAGCAUAUUAUUUGUUGUCUAUUUUAUUUCUCGAAGAGCAUUUAUCGGUAUUAAAAAUGCUGUGUGUACAUUAUUACAUAAAUAAUAUGUAGAUUUACUUAAAUUCAUUCAAUGGUUUGAAUAUGCUUGUUAUUAGAGAUUAGAGAAAACAUGUGUAAUACGAGAGAUUGUGAGGUACAUAAUAUAGUAUUCCUAUAUUAUAUUAGUUUUUACAAAACACAAAUAAAUUUAGAUUAAUCGAAAAUAUUAAACGUAAUAUUACAGUUUGAUAUUAAUAUACUGGCCAGUUCCAAUUUGAUACUUGUUGCAAAUUUAACCGAACGAAUCGCACGAUUACCAUUUGUAGUGUCAAGCAAUCUAUUUAAGUAUAUCUGUACAUAUCAGUUGUAUAUUUUUAGUUUUACGCUGAGUUACCUGUAGUCCUGAUAAUAUUUUCCUUUCAUUGUAAGCAAUACUCUGUAUUUCAAAUGUGAUUUAAUUAUCUUAAGACCUCGUGUGGCCUAGUAAGAAACAUGUAGCUUCAGUAGAAACGUAGCAAUGUAAGUAAAAAUUUAGAAGCUUUCGAAGGAUAGAUAGUUAAAAAGCAUCAUUUUUAUUUGAGCUCACUCCUGAUGAUUCUAAACCGUAAUGUAGCUUGCUCGCUAAACUUGCGCACGUAAUAGAUAAAAGUAAUUAAAGUGUUGUGUAAUAAAUUAGGUAAUUAAGUCAAUUAUUGGACUAUGAUUGUCUGUGUUUGCACGAAAGACACUCUACUCUCGACUUCAUUUCAACCUAUCUUUUUGAUGUACGUUGCACUUUGCGAUAAUAAUUGGCAAAUUUUAUUACGUGUACAAGUGAGAGAUUUAAUUGAAAAAAGGGGAGAUCUCAAAUGAAAUGUACGAGCAGAAACUCAUAUGUGUACAUCGAACUAAUUCAAUCAUAGGCAAAAAAGUAAUAUAAUAACUAUUUAUUUUAUAUGUAUCGUUUUUAUUGUUGAAGUAAUGUUUCGUUUUCAAGUAUAUAUUUAGAUAGCACAAUAAUCAUUAGUUAUUUAUUUAAAUAGGCUAUCAUAUGUUCAGAAUCAUGAUUUUCACAAAAUCGGGACCAUGAUAUUAACUUUUUUUGAACGUUUAUUUUUCCUUUUUAUUAUUUUUACGAUUGUCUACUACAGCAAAUUAGAAGUAUUGGACUAAAACAUCUAGCGUUGUCUAGUUUAAUUUUAGUCCAAUAUAUUUAUCUACUUGCAGCUUUGAGGCUUAGUAGGCUACAUGUAAUUUCUAAAAAAUUAACUCCAGUGCUAUAAGUAUUCCAAACUCUUUGUUUCUAUUCUUAUGUUUAUUUAUUUCCAUUUGUCGAGUUGCAUUUUUUACGAAGCAAAUUGAGAAAUAUCCAUUUCAAUAUCAUUUCGCUCGAAGUAAGUGAUUUUGUUUAAUUAUCACCUCUUGCAAAUAACUAGAGUAUUUACAAUAUUUAUCCUUAAUUGGUAGAUAUUAAUAUGUAGAUGUUACAUUGAUACUUUGUUCGUUUAUUGUAAUAUAUUAGUUAUGUAAAUAUUUUGUAAACUUGAAUAUAUCUGUUAUUGUUUUUGUCUUAUACUCAUUUGUUACUUCAGAUCAAAAUCUUCCAAUUUAUAUGUACCUACUUAUUGUUGAAUAAAGUUACAUACAAAUAAAACCUCCGUUAAAAUUGUUUCAAAAUUUCAGAUUUUUACAUUAAUUUCAUCUAAUCAAGAAGCUGUGCUAUGUUUUUG